CCUCAUCUUCUACCUUGAGAACAGGUUUGUGCGCUAAGAUUUUGUUACCCUUGAAUAAACUAUGUGAUACACAUAUUUUGUAUGCUCAUAACUUGCUCUUAUAUUUUAGUAAAUGUGUUCACAGUUAAUGAUUCCACUGUUUCUGAUAAUGGGAAAGAUCUACAUGAUCGCUCUUCCGUUUUUGAAGUUGGGUCUACAUCAGGAACGUGUAGUGAACAAUAUAAUAUUACCAUGCAUAACGCUACAAGCAAAGCUACCAAGUGUAGAAAAUAUGUGUUCAGUCAACAUACUACUUGACAUGGAAGCAGAACUUCUGGAAAAAAAGAAACGAAAAAGAAAUACUGUGUCAUGUCGUGAGUAUUAUUGUUACAAGCUCCAAAUGAGGGACGGUGAAGAAAAUGGGGUUUUACAUGCUGGAAGAGUAUUCCAACAAUACUCAGUUGACGAAUUCAUCAAGCUUGAGACUCAAAGGUUAGAUUUCUAUUCAUUUAAUCAAGAUUUAUUUAGAAUUGAUGCGUUAGCGGGGAUUCUUGAUGUUCUAAGACACGAAGAGAGAGAGAGCCAUGCAACAUUGGUAGACAAAGUUUUCUUCCUGCAAGUUUUAUAGGAGGUCCUAGGGAUAUGCACCGACGAUAUAUGGACGCUAUUGCGUUAGUGCAAAAUUUUGGGAAACCUGAUAUAUUUUUGACAAUGACAUGUAAUCCAUCUUGGCCAGAAUAGAAGAACAUUUAUUGGUAACAGAUGAGGUACAAAAUAGGCCCGAUUUAGUUAGUCGUGUGUUUAGAGCAAAGGUAAAGGAG